UUUAUUUUUAAUCCGACAGUUGCUUCUUUUGUCUUCCAUCACUCCAUUCUGCGCGCAACACUCUUUGUCUUUUUUUCUCUCCUUCACCACUAGAGUUGAACGGGAGACGUUUGUCUUUUUUGCGCGUGCAAAACUCGCCAUCUCCGGCAGACUUUUUUUGGGGCCAACUUGCCUUUACCACCAGGCGCUGUCACGACCUGGUCUCGCGACUCGAUUGUCGAUCUCUCGGUGUAGCAUUCCACCAUGGCUCUCUGCCAGAACAGAUUACAGGAGGAGCGGAAGCAAUGGCGACGUGACCAUCCCUUUGGCUUCUUUGCCAAACCGGCCCGGACAAAGGAGGGAGUGCUCGACUUGAAGAACUGGGAGUGCGGCAUUCCGGGCAAGGAGAAGACCAUCUGGGAGGGAGGCCUGUUUAAGAUCAACAUUGCGUUCCCCGAUGAGUACCCAACAAAACCCCCAAAAUGCAAAUUUGUCCCUCCGCUGUUCCAUCCCAACGUCUAUCCCUCGGGCACCGUCUGCCUGUCGAUUCUCAACGAGGAAGAGGCCUGGAAGCCGGCCAUCACGGUCAAGCAAAUUCUUCUGGGUAUCCAAGAUCUCCUCAACGACCCCAAUCCCGAAUCACCCGCGCAAGCCGACGCAUAUAACCUCUUCAAGAGAGACAAGGCCGAGUACGAGAAGCGUAUCCGCCGCGUGGUUCGCGAGAACCCGGCGCCGUAACGGUCUUGUUUCGGAGAAAAGGGGGGCUUUUUUAGAUGUGGAGGAUAAUCCUUACUGAGAAGAUUGGCCAUGGCGUUGGAUGGGGGGCAAUACCAGGACAAAUGAUUUUCAACUCUUUCUUUUUUUUUCCUUUUAGCAAAUAUCAUGAGAGAUAGUCAUGGCUAUAGUCGGCAUGCCAGAACGCCAUAUGGAGACUGAUUAGAUACGGGGGUAGCAUCGGCGACAGAUUCCAAACAUUAAAGACGAUGACUGUUUGCUCGGUCCGGUGGAACGGCGUUCUUGGUAGAUACUAGCACGUUUAAUUAAAUUAGCAGCACGAGAGAAGAAUUUACAGCGCUAUCAAGACUAGGACGGACUAUGUAUGGGGAAGCAUCUCCAUAGUAGAGUGAACCACGGUAAAGU